AUGGCCCAUAUCGUGCAGAUCAACAAUCGCGAAGCCAUCCGCCUUCCUCUUGGUCGUCGCCAAGUACCUCCCCAACCACCUGUAACACCCGUCUUCACGGAGCAAAGCUGGUCGACGCAAAGCUGGUCAACGCAAAGCGGAGCGACGCAGCGCUGGUCGACUCGGACGCAAAGCUGGUCAACGCCCAGCAGCGACGAUGACCUACCAGCCACGCAAAGCAGCAAUGAUGACCUACUGGCCACGCAAAGCAGCAAUGGCGACUUACUAGCCACGCUUCUGCGGCUCGAUGGCCGGUCGCUGUUCACCGGAUCCACGGCCGAUCUAGAGGUGGCCUAUCUCAUUCCUCCUGACCCCAAGGAUGCGUCGGAGGUGGCCCGCGUUGAAGAGGUGUGCAAUCGCCUCAAAAUCGGGGGUAACGAUGGCGUGUUUCGACUAUACGGCCUCAUUAACGCCUUCCUUCUCGAAUCAUCCCUCCGCGUCCAUCUGAACGACCUCGCGACGUUCUGCAUCACGCUCCCGUUCGCCGAGCUUUACAGGCUCUGCGAUCAGCUCAGGCUGGACAACGAAGAGUGGGCGGAGCGGGUGAAGCAGGAUCCCGCUGCGAAGCGGAUACUCGGGAGCCACGGAGCACGCCAUUAUGCGUACGAGAUCCAGGAGCUGGCGUUCUACAGGCUGUCGCCCGCGUUCCUCCCAGACGACGCCGCCAUCGAGAUUCUGCCCGGCGAAGGGCGCACCCUCGAGCGGCCGUGCCAGGAAUCUGCGCCUGGUCCGAGCUCUGCGCCGGCGCCUGUCCUGAACCCUGCGCCUGCCCCCGUCCCGAGCCCUGCGCCUGCCCCCGUCCCGAGCCCUGCGCCUGCCCCCGUCCCGAGCCCUGCGCCUGCCCCCGUCCCGAGCCCUGCGCCUGCCCCCGUCCCCACAAAACCCUUCUUCAAAAACGAACUCAUCUGCCAGUUUCCCUAUCCCCCGUCUCAUCGGUCGAAAAAGGACAAGCUGUCGCCUCUCGCACUGCUCAUCAAUGCGCACUACAAACUGCAGACGUACCUGGCGCGGGAGCCUGCAAGACGUCGGCUGUUCCACUUGGAGCGGUACUGCAUGUGCUUGAAUCGCUUCAUGGACUCGUUGUACUUCGUGCCAUCUCCGGGACCUGAGGCUUCAUCUCCGGGACCCGAGGCUUCAUCUGUUACCCCGGUCGCCGAAAGUAAAGGACCGUCGUUGGCGGACGCUGGCGGUCGCAACAUCUCGUCCGACCGCGAUGACGCCUUCGAGACGCCGGACGAAGAUGACCUGAUCAACGGGCUUACGACCGAGGAAAUGAGCCGAGUCAUCCGGCAGGUGUCCAACCCCCGUGCUACAGAUGCAGCGAGAGCGCAAGCGGCGAUGCUGAUGUUUGGGAUGGCGGGUCCGCGUCGGGGGUCGAGGGCUGGUCCGAGCCGGGAGUCGAAUGUUGGUCCGAGUCGGGACCUGAGGGCUGAUGGUGCCCGACAGCCUGACGAUCUGUUUCGGUGGCUGUGACUCGAUGCGCAGAAC